GUGGAUAAAGUUUGAGGAGAAGGUGGAGGAUGGCGGGGAGCGCUGGAGUGCACCCCAUGUCCCAGCCCUCCCCCUGCACAGCCUCUUCCAGCUGAGGAUGUACCUGCAGAAGGGGACGAUGCUCCUGGAUCUGGAUGCCCUCAGUUUCAAGGAAAUAAUCGACAAGGCACUUUCCAGGCAGCCCGAGGAAGCAGAGCUGCAGCCUGAGCUGAGGGAGCGCCUGGCAGCCCUCCUGCUCUCCCAGCCACGGCACCAGCCCACCAAAUCCCUGCUGAGGCCCCUCGCCAAGCUUGGCCUCUCUCCCUGCCGAGGGAAGGCCAAAAGCUGGUCUGAGCCCAGAGCCCAGCUCUCUGAAACGCCUCUCAAUGAGCAGUUGAGAAACCCAUUUAAGAAAAAGGUCCCACCGGGGGCUGAAGCAGCCCAUGUUGCUGUUGGUGAAGUUGAAUUCCUGGAGAAGCCCUUCACCACCUUCAUCCGCCUCAGGCGAGGGGUAGCCCUCGGCUCACUGGCCGAAGUUGCUCUUCCCAGCAGGUUCCUCUUCAUUCUGCUGGGUCCCCGAGACAAAGUGAAAGCCUACCACGAGGUUGGCAGGGCCAUGGCCACGCUGCUGACAGAUGAGCUCUUCCAAAGGGUUGCCUGGCAGGCUGAGCACCGAGAGGACCUCAUCACAGGGAUGGAAGCAUUCCUAGAUGAGCUGACUGUGCUUCCUCCCAGGAAAUGGGACCCCAGUGCCCGCAUUCCUCCACCGAGCUGUCUGCCGUCUCCGCACAGGAGGACCACCAUGCACCCACUGGAUCAGCAGUCCCACAGCAAUGGCGACAUGGCAGCAGCUGGCAACAGAGCUGGCCUGGGGCACAUGUGCUCCGGGGAGGAGCUGGAGAGGACAGGCAGGAUUUUUGGGGGGCUGCUGCAAGACAUCCGGAGGAAGGCACCAUGGUAUGGAAGUGACUUCUCCGAUGCCCUGCACCCCCAGUGCCUCUCAGCAGUGCUCUACAUCUACCUGGCAACAGUCACCAAUGCCAUCACCUUUGGGGGCAUGCUGGGGGACGCGACCGCCAACAUGCAGGGGGUGCUGGAGAGCUUCCUGGGCACUGCCUUUGCCGGUUCCACCUUCUGCCUCUUUUCCGGCCAGCCCCUGACCAUACUGAGCAGCACUGGCCCCAUGCUGGUCUUCGAGCGCCUCCUCUUCUCCUUCAGCCAGGACCACAGCCUGGACUACCUGGAGUUUCGCCUCUGGAUUGGGCUCUGGGUGGCCUUUUUUGGCAUGGUCUUGGUGGCCACUGAGGCCAGUCACCUGGUGCAGUACUUCACCCGCUUCACCGAGGAAGGCUUCUGCGCCCUCAUCAGCUUGAUAUUCAUCUCUGACUCCCUGAAGAAGAUGCUGAGCCUGGCGGAUGCCUUCCCUAUUAACUGGCAGUACCGUCUGGACAACAUCACCUCCUACAGCUGUGUCUGCAACUUGUCCAGCCCCAGUCACAGCUCCGCAAGGAAUGACACAAAGCAGCCCUCACCCCUGGCCCCCCAGCAGCCUUCCGCCACCCUGGCCAGGCUGAGCAGGACCCAGUGCCUCGGUCAAGGCGGGCACCUGCUGGGGACCAGCUGCCAGUAUGUGCCUGAUGUCACCCUCAUCUCCUUCCUGCUCUUCGGGGGCACCUUCCUCUCCUGCACUGCACUCAAACGCUUCAGGAGCAGCCGCUACUUCCCUGCAGGGGUGCGGAAGCUGGUGAGUGACUUUGCCAUCAUCCUGGCCACCCUAACCUCCUGCGCCAUUGAUGCCACUCUUGGCCUGGAGACCCCCAAGCUCCUCAUCCCAAGCGAGCUGAAGCCCACGAACCCAGCGCGGGGCUGGGUUGUCUUCCCCUUCGGAGCCAACCCGUGGUGGGUCUGCCUGCUGUCUGCAGUGCCUGCUGUCUUCGUCACCAUCCUCAUUUUCAUGGACCAGCAGAUCACAGCUGUCAUCCUAAACCGCAGGGAGUACAAGCUGCAGAAAGGAGCAGGAUUUCACCUGGACCUCCUCUGUGUCUCCCUCCUGAUGGUCAUCACCUCUGCCACUGGCCUCCCCUGGUACGUCUCGGCCACCGUCAUCUCCCUGGCGCACAUGGAGAGCCUGAGGAAGGAGAGCGCAACCUCGGCCCCUGGCGAGCACCCCGAGUUCCUGGGCAUCAGGGAGCAGAGGCUGACCGGCCUGUCUGUCUUCAUCCUGACGGGGGUCUCUGUCUUCAUGGCACCCAUUCUCAAG